ACACUUACAUACACAAAAAAUUUUGCGCGAAACUUUCUUGUGCACGUUCCGUCAUUUCUUUAUUUAUAUGCCAAAAUAACUCAAACCUUUGACAAUAAACAGAAAAGUAACCGCAAACAUGGACGAAUACGACGAAAUGUACGGCAUUGAAGAUGAUUUUGAGCAGCAGUUUGCGGACGAAUUAGAAGUGAUGGCUGAAAUGGAUCUGGAGCCUCCAUCAAUUGGGAAAGUGUCGGAGUUCCGGAAUAAGAAGCUGCAGUCACAGACGUUUGAAGAGGCCAUUGCAUCAGGUGACAUCGUAUCAAGUAAAACCACAAAUAAUAAACAUCCCAUAGACGCCACAUCAGACACCUCACCCCCAGUAUGUGUGGAGGAGGAAUCCUUAACCCCCAAACCGAAGAAACGAAGACAAGAUGUGGCAAAAAAGCUCCAGUUUGGUGUUGACGAUGAUGAUGACAUCACACCUCCCUCCUCGCCAGAGGUUUAUGAUGGACCAGCGAGAAAUGGGCCUGAAAUUUCAUUGUCACUAAGUCCCGACAGACCAGCGGUCACCAAGAUUACAACUAAUGUGUUGGAUAUUAGUGGACUGGUAGCAUUCCAGGAUUCACCAAAGCGACUGACAGCAUCAAGACGCUACGCUCAGAAACGCCCUCCAGCCAUCGGCGAUUACAUCACGGUCACAGACUCCUCAGGCAAUAGAGUUUACCUCAACAGAAAGGAGGAAGAGAAUAAGGCUCCGGACCCCAGAGCCUUCCGUAACUCACAGAACGGACUCGGACUGCUUGCGGUUCCUAUUGAAGUCAUGAAAGAACAAAUUACAGAGCAACGUCAUCGACAGGUAGUCGAAGAAUCCCAAAGACUGACAGAACUUUUGAACAGUGGUAUAGAUCCAGACCUUCUGGGAGAAGAGCAGGUAGACUCUGGUGUGGAUGGUGAUUGCGGAGAAGAUGAAGGCUCAUCUUCUCGACUGUGGGUGGAUCAGUUCUCACCACGACAUUAUACUGAACUUCUAAGCGAUGAUUUCACUAAUCGCUGUCUGCUCAAGUGGCUAAAGCUAUGGGAUACCGUGGUCUUUGGUCGAGAAAGGAAACCCCGUCCGGCCCACCCGGAAGUCAGGUCAAAUGUUACGAAUGCCCAGAAUCAAAAUCAGUCUCAGCGGUUUAAAACCAAGAGUCAGAUCACAGAAGAGAUACUGGAGGCUGAACUGGACCAGUAUAAAAGACCUAAAUUUAAGGCCGCACUCUUAUCCGGACCUCCUGGAUUAGGAAAGACAACGCUAGCUCACAUUAUUGCCAAGCACGCUGGAUACAACGUGGUAGAAAUCAAUGCUAGCGACGAUCGCAGCGCAGAGCUCUUUCAGAAACGGAUCGAUACCGCGACACAGAUGAAGUCAGUCCUGGGAGCCAAUGAAAAGCCCAACUGUCUCAUUAUAGAUGAAAUUGAUGGAGCUCCUGCAGCUGCCAUCAACAUCCUGUUGGCCACCCUGAACAGAAAGGACAGCAAAGAAGGAGAAGAGUCGGGAGUUAAUGCGUUAAAAAAGAAAAAGAAGAAACAGACGGUGCUGCUUCGCCCAAUCAUUUGCAUCUGCAAUGACCUUUAUGUUCCAGCUUUGAGACCGCUGAGACAGCAAGCAUUUCUUUUGACCUUUCCACAGACGCUGCCCUCCCGGUUGGCUCAAAGACUAACAGAGAUCACACGUCGACAGGGUAUGAAGGCAGACACGGGCACACUGAUGGCCUUGUGUGAGAAAACAGACAAUGACAUCCGUUCAUGCAUCAACACAUUACAGUUUUUACACAGUCGUGGUCAGAAGCACCUGGAUCAGCGCAGCGUUAGUUCCAUGUGUGUUGGAUUGAAAGACCAAAACAAGGGACUUUUCUCAGUUUGGCAGGAAAUCUUCCAGCUUCCCAGACUGAAACGGAAGAGGAUUGGCGGAGAUCCUUUUGCAGGGUUUGAUGAGUCGGGACCUAAAGAUGGUGCACAAAGAUUUCAAAACAUCUUACAUCUGGUCUCUUCUAAUGGAGAGCAUGAAAAACUUACUCAGGGUCUAUAUGAUAAUUUUCUCAGCAUGAAGCUGAAGGAUCCUGGGAUGUUGGGUGUGUGCUCGGGGCUGGACUGGUUGUGUUUCUCAGAUGUACUGAAUGAGUUUAUCUUACACGGACAAAACUAUUCACUCAUGCGCUACUUACCUUUCCUGCCUGUCGCGUUCCACUACCUGUACGCCGCAAACUCCGUCCCCCGAAUCAACUAUCCAAACAGUCACUAUGAGGCUUUAACUAAAACCCAGCACACAAAGAACGCACUGCUGGCCAUGUUGAAUGAUAUCCCUCCAGCAAUACAGACCCGCGUUUGCUUAAACAGUCUCUGCUUGGACGUCAUCACCCUUUUGCUGGAGCUCAUCUCUCCUAAACUGCGGCCAGUCAACCCUCAACUUUACAGCACUAGAGAAAAGCAGCAGCUCUGUGAUUUGAUUGACAACAUGAUCAACUACAACCUGACCUACAGACAGGACCGUACGCCUGAAGGACAGUACAUUUAUGUGUUAGAGCCCAACAUAGAAGAUGCGGUCCGGUUUCCGGGUUUGCCUCCGCGGAGACAGUUGACCUAUCAGGUGAAGCAGCUGAUCGCCAGGGAGACGGAGUUAGAAAAGAUGAGAAGGAUGGAGAGGGCCCAGCAAAAACGAAACCCACAAAACACUGAGAUGGUGAAUAAGGAUCAAGAAAAGAAAAAAGUGGAGGUGAAGAAACCGACAAACAGAAAUCAUCAGCAGAGGCUGGAGAACAUUGUGAAACAGACAACGGUGGAAAGCAGGCCUGAAUUGGAUUUCUUUGGACGAGCCAUUGUACCUAAAGAGAAGCCUGUGGUCACCAUUACAGGUGAAGAUGGCAAAGUGGGUGUAGCCAUGCAGAUCGGUAAAGCUGUGGGUAACAGUGACGUUUGGUUCCGCUUCAACGAGGGCGUGUCCAACGCAGUGCGCCGAAACGUUCACAUUAGAGAGUUGUUGUAAAUCGACAAGUAAGAGAACGACCCCGAUCGAGUUCU